AUGGGUAGAAGAAGAAGAAGUGGUAAUAGUACUCAAAUUCAAUGGUUUGGGGCCCUAUUUCUCUUGCUUUCACUUCUUCAUGAUCAUCUUAUUCACUCAACUCCCACCAACACAACACCUCAAGUUUACAUUGUUUACUUAGGCCGAAAAUACAUUAAAAAUAAUAAGAAUAAUAAUAAUAAGUUUAUCAUUUCCAAGCGCCAUCUUCAUCUCCUUUCCAACGUCUUUUCAAGUGAAGAAGAAGCUAAGCAAUCCAUGAUCUAUAGUUACAAGCACAGUUUCUCUGGGUUUUCAGCAAUGCUCAAUUCAAGCCAAGUAGCUGCCUUGGCCAAGAGGAAAGAAGUAAUAUCAUUGUUUAAAAGCAAGAGUGUAGAGCUACACACCACCAGAAGUUGGGAUUUCAUGGGGCUUGGCUUGACCACUAAUGAAGCCACCACUCCUUUGCAGCUUGCCUAUGGUGAAAAUGUUAUUGUUGGAGUUAUUGAUUCAGGUAUAUGGCCAGAAUCUAAAAGUUUUCAAGAAGAGCCAAGAAUGAGUCCAAUCCCUUCAACAUGGAAAGGAAAAUGUGUUAAAGGAGACAUGUUCAAUCCAGAAAAAGCAUGCAACAACAAGCUCAUUGGAGCUCGUUACUACCUCCAAGGCUUCGAAAGCAUCUAUGGCUCCUUAAACAAGAGUGGCAACCCUGAAUACCGCUCAGCCAGAGAUUUUCUCGGCCAUGGGACCCACACAGCAUCCACUACUGUGGGGUCCAUAGUUGAAGAAGCGAGUUUGUUAGGGCUAGGUUUAGGCACAGCUAGAGGCGGAGCCCCUAGAGCACGCCUAGCAGUCUACAAGGCCUGUUGGGGCAAAGACUAUGUUGGACAAUGCACCGAGGCUGAUGUUUUGGCAGCCUUCGACGAUGCUUUGCAUGACGGUGUGCACGUGAUCUCAGCCUCCAUUGGGGCAUCUCCACCAUUGCCUGAGUUGUUUGAUUCGAGUAAUUCUAUUGGCUCGUUCCAUGCCAUGCAACUUGGAGUUAGUGUUGUUUUUGCUGCUGGGAAUGAUGGACCAGAUCCAGGUCUGGUCACCAACGUUGAGCCCUGGUCGAUUUGUGUGGCUGCUUCCUCAGUUGAUCGAAUGUUUUCAACCGAUGUGAUUGUUCAAGGCAACUUUUCUGUUACGGGCGAAAGUUUUAUUACAGAAUCAAUUACAGCAAAGCUGGUUGAUCCAAUUACAUAUUUCACAAAUGGGGUUUGCAACUUGGGUUAUAGAAAAAAUACAAGGUCAGGUGCAGGGAGAGUAAUACUGUGCUUCUCAACAGUGGGUCCAGUGGAGUUGGGAGAAGCACAAGAGGCUGCUUUGGGAAUCAAUGCAUCAGCUUUGAUAUUUGUUCAACCAUUCACCACACUAUCUGGUCCUGAUGUCUUCCCCACUGUCUAUCUUGACAUUCACCAAGGAACCAAAAUCAAGCACUAUCUUGCUCUCUUCAUGAGACUUCCAACGUUGGAAAUAGUGACAGCUAAAACUAUUAUUGGCAAGUCAUUAGCACCUAAAGUCGCAUUCUUCUCUUCAAGAGGGCCAAGUUCAAUUUCACCUGAUAUUCUCAAGCCAGAUAUAAGUGCUCCUGGUAUGAACAUACUAGCAGCAUGGCCAAGGAAAACCCCACCAACAGUUGUACCUUCGAGUACAUACAAAGUUCCUGUAAAUUGGAAUAUUAUGUCAGGAACAUCCAUGUCAUGCCCUCACAUCUCUGCCAUUGUUGCUCUUCUUAAGUCUGCAAAUCCAUAUUGGUCUCCUGCUGUCAUCAAGUCUGCUCUCAUGACUACAGCAUAUACAAGCACCAUAGGCUACAACAUAGUGAACAAGGAAUCGAUGAAAGUUUCUGACCCCUUCGACAUUGGAGCCGGCCAUGUAGACCCCAUGAAAGCCAUGGAUCCUGGCUUAGUCUACGACAUGAAAACCAUAGACUACAUUCUAUUCCUUUGCAACCUUGGCUACAAUCAACAACAAAUCAAUGCCUUGGUUCAUCCCUCUCAUGAUGACGAUGAUGAUACAACCACAUUAAGUUGCUCACAAGUGAGAAAAUCCAAAGCCAAUAUAAACUACCCUUCGAUCGCAGUCUCGAAUCUACACUCGAGCAUCACCAUCACAAGGACAGUUCGCAACGUUGGCCCUAGCAAGUUCGCCGUGUAUUUUAGUAGCGUUGUCGAGCCACGUGGAGUCGAGGUGGUGGUGUGGCCUAGGGUUUUGGUUUUUUCUUGGUUUAGGGAAGAAAUCACUUACUAUGUCACUCUCUUGCCAAGGAAAAAGUCUCGUGGGAUUUAUGAUUUUGGGGAAAUAGUUUGGUCGGAUGGUGUUCGUAGGGUUAGAAGUCCUUUGGUUGUUUGUGUAAACACAAUCACAAGUCUUGAUCAUGAUGAUAAUGAUCAACUAAGUGACUUUAUUACUAGCUAGGGUUUUUUUAUUUUUUUUUUAUUUUUUGCUUUCCUAUUUAUUAUAUAUGCAAGGUUUACUUUGUUAAGGAACUUUGAUUAUUACUAAUUAUAAUAUUUAUUAUUCUCGUUCUUUCAAUGCUAGCUAGCUCCAAGUUUUAUAUAUAUGACACACUUUGCUUGUCUCUCAAUUUAUUUGUAAUAUAAUUUGAUGAUGUAAGGGACAUGAUUUGUUAACC